AUGACCUUCAAAAGAGAAGCAUGGAUUACUUAUGGUGCUCUUGUUCCUGUUGUUACUGGCGUUGUAAUUGCAAGCGGGGGUGAACCAAGUUUUCAGCUGUAUGGAUUUAUCAUGUGCAUAAGUGCAACUGCUGCUAGGGCCUUCAAGUCUGUUCUUCAGGGUAUCCUACUUUCUUCAGAGGGGGAGAAGUUAAAUUCAAUGAACCUUUUGCUUUAUAUGUCCCCAAUGGCUGUUGUGUUUUUAUUGCCAACAGCACUUAUAAUGGAGCCAGAUGUGUUAGAUGCCACCAUUGCUCUCGGGUUAAAGCAUAGAUUCAUGUGGCUACUGCUUUCCGUGAAUUCAACCAUGGCUUAUGCUGCUAACUUGACCAACUUUUUGGUCACCAAGCACACAAGUGCACUAACUCUACAGGUAUUAGGGAAUGCUAAAGGUGCUGUAGCGGUUGUUAUCUCAAUACUCAUUUUCCGUAAUCCGGUUACUCCUUUAGGUAUAGCUGGCUACUCCUUGACUGUUAUGGGUGUGAUUGCUUAUGGAGAAGCCAAAAGGAGAUACAAAUGAAAAUGAUGUUUGCAAUUUAGUCAGUAUAGUAGAGCUUAUGAGAGAAUUUGAUCUAGCUCCGUUUAUUAUUGGGAAGAGUUAGAUGCCAAUUAUAGUGUCCCCAUUCUUAUAUAUAAUUGCGUUAGAUGCCAAUCAUGGUCUUCAUUUUGUGGGGGAGUGAAGUUGAUAUGUGUUGUAUAAUUGUUACUGCUUGGAGAUGAUUAUGCUUAGAUUUUGCAUGAAUUAGAUGAUGC